UUUUUUUCACAUGUUCCCGUUAAUAGCUUCUUAAAAUAUGUGUUGACUUGUGUGUGAUCGGUUGUCACGUUUAGAAAUUAAAAAAUGCAGAUGAAAGCUACGGUAUAAAGUUGUGGGCGAAGCUAGGUAUGAAGUAUUAAAUAGUGAUCACAGAGGGAAGAAGGCACAGUGAAAAUGGCUCUCUACCAAUUUCUGUGUGGUUCAGCGGUGAUGAUCAUCCUCUUAUCCAAUGGAUGUCAUUCACAAAAGCAGCCAGCAUGUGGCCGGGCACCAAACAACCCCAGAAUGUGGGGAGGUCAAAAUGCGACUGCAGGAACUUGGCCCUGGAUAGCCAGUUUACAAAUUGAUGAGGAUCACAGUUGUGGAGGGUCCCUGAUCAGCAAUAUGUGGGUUCUGACUGCUGCUCACUGCAUCCCAGGGUAUCUCACAAACAUGACUGUUGUUCUGGGCCGCGAAAGCAUGAAAGGUAAAAACUUGAACGAAGUGUCAAGGGCAGUUGAUAAGAUCAUAACCCAUCCUGCUUACGAUGCAUUGAGCGACGACAACGACAUGGCUCUUCUGAAGCUGUCGAGUCCCGUAAACUUUACCGACUACAUCCAGCCGGUGUGCUUGGCCUCUGCAAACAGCACCUUCUACACCGGUGACAACAACUGGGUCGUUGGUUUUGGUGCUACAUCUUUUGGUGGCCCCAAUGCCGACACCCUGCAGGAAGUGAGGGUCCCAAUCGUGGGAAACAAUGAGUGCACAUGUGCCUACCCAUAUCUCACAGACAACAUGAUCUGUGCUGGGUUAAGAGCUGGAGGGAUUGAUUCAUGUCAGCGAGACUCAGGUGGACCAAUGAUGAUCAAAACUGGUUCAGUCUGGGUCCAGAGUGGUGUUGUGAGUUUUGGAGAACGCUGUGCCUUGCCAGAUUUUCCUGGAGUUUACGCCGUUGUGUCCAACUACGAAGACUGGAUCAAAAAUCACACUGGCUCUAGCCAACCAGGCUUUGUUGACUCCAUGUCCUCAGGAGUUGACACCGACUUAACCUUUGACUGUUCUGAAAUAACUACAAACACCGAACCCCCCAAACCUUAUCCCACCACUCAACACCCCUAUCCCACCACCCAUCACCCCCAUACCACCGAUGACGGCAGUGUGUUUGGCAGUGGUGAGAGAGUGAUCUCCUCACUCGGUCUUCUCCUUAUGUCUCUCUAUGCGCUUGUCGGAGGCAUAUAA